AUGAAAAUAUUAAAAGUAGAUGAGUAUCCGUUGACCAAUUUCGAGGUGAAACAAGUAGUGGAACAACAUUUUGAAUUUCGGAAGGAAAAAUUUGGAGUGAGAGAAUUUAAUUUUAAAAGAAAUCGAGAUCCCUUGCUGGAUUUUGAAUGUCGUUUAUUGUAUUAUUUUGACAAGCAAACAACAGUGAAAUAUCAAAGUGAAGAAACGAUUCGAAAUUUACUUAAAGAGUUGGAGCCUUAUCGGUUAACCAAGUUGGAAAAGAUGCUAAUGGUGAAUAAUCCUCCAUCGUCACUUGUUGAAAUUCACUCGAUUAUUGAUAGCUGUGAAUCACGAUACAAUGAGGAUGAUAUUGUGAAAAUGCUAGAAAUUAUUAAGGCUAAUUUAUUGAAAACACCAACAACAUCUUCUGUAUCUACAGAUAUAUCUGAGAAGAAAUCCAAGAAAGACAAGAAAAAUAAGGCUGGAGAUAGAACCACUUGGUAUGAAUUUAUUUCAAACAUUGACGCCACAAGAAUGAAAAAGCAAGAAGCUCAAAACAAACAAAAAGAACAAUCUAAGGAAACAACUAGUGCAGCUAACAAGACAAGCAAGAAAAACGACAUGAUGGAUAUUCUGUAA